CUAUAACUGGAGGCAGGGCAAAGUGAGUGAAUCUGGCAGUGCCAUCCAUCCGCUGGCCGCACAGCGCAAGGCCCUGCAGUGCGUGCACGUCAGGGCUGAGUGUGGCCCUUUGUGCUGCUGCUCUUUUCUCGAUGGAGGGCUGAAUUAUUGCUGGACAGCUUUCCUCCUCCUCUUCCUCCUCAUCAGCAUCAUCGCUUCCAGCCCUGAAGGAAUUUCACUACUCCAUUAGCGUUGAUCAUGCUGUUGGGGUGAUCUUACUUUACGUUUUUGAGCUCCGGGACGACGCGGUCGCGGUUGCGGCGUGGGCGGGUGAGGCGUAGGGAUGGGCUUUUGACGGGGUGGGGUGGUACCUCAGAGCUCAGGACGCAGGCGGAGCGUUGAAGGCGUGAGGCUUUUGUUUCUGGAGAGAAUCGUUGAUUGAAGUGAGAGAGAGAGAGAGAGAAAGUGAGGGUGAGUGUGAGAUUGACGAUGCAGGGGUGUGUGUUGGUGUGGAAGUGUGUGCCAGCGAGUUCCAUGCAAACUGUGAGUGGAGGGUCGGCAUUGCGGAGUAGGGGUGGACAGAGCUUGACUGAUGGAAUGGGAGUUGAGAGUAGGGUUGUUGCUAAGGAGCUUCAGGGGGAGUACAUAUGCAGCUGCCAGCACCUUGGUUUUGGCGACGUGGGUGAUUUGGUUAGGGUAGGGGUCAAGAGGCAUUGGCGUCAGAGAUCUGUUGUAUCUGCUCGAAGCUCCGGAUCCGCGAGGCAUGGGAAAGUAGAGCGAAAGAAAGUGGAAGAGCGUGGGGAGUGUGAUGUCUCUAACGGUGACGCCAAGAGCCCGAAAGAGGGCUCCAUUCCAGGCCUGAUCUUACCGCCAUUGACGACGGUUGGCAAGUCGACCAACAUUAGCUGGCACGAGUGCAUGGUGGAACGGGUGCAGCGGCAGCGUAUGUUAAACCAAAAAGGCUGUGUGAUUUGGAUCACUGGCCUCAGCGGCUCAGGGAAAUCAACUCUGGCAUGCACCUUAGAUCACGCGCUCUUACAAAGAGGCAAGCUCAGCUAUGUUCUAGAUGGAGACAAUGUCCGUCAUGGCUUGAACAAUAAUCUUGGCUUCACCGCAGAGGAUCGGGCUGAGAACAUUCGCAGGGUUGGCGAAGUAGCGAAGCUGUUCGCUGACACUGGGGUCAUCUGCAUUGCCAGUUUCAUCUCCCCUUACAAGAAGGACAGAGAUGCUUGCAGGAGUCUCAUGGCGCCUGGAGAGUUUAUCGAGGUGUUUAUGGACGUGGCGCUGGAAGUUUGCGAGCAGCGAGAUCCGAAGGGAUUGUACAAACUUGCCCGCGCUGGGAAAAUCAAGGGCUUCACUGGCAUUGACGAUCCGUACGAGGAUCCCCCCGAAGCUGAAAUCGUUAUGAGGGCUGUAGAUGGGAAAUAUGCCUCUCCAGAGGAAAUGACGGUGCAAAUGUUGGAGUACUUGGAAGAGAAUGGAUUUCUUCGAGGUACAUGAUGAUGAGCUCCACUCCGGUCUUUUUGCCCAUUGAGUGCCUUAAAACCGCCACGAUUGAGGCACCUUUCUACAUCUCCAAUCGUACCGAGGAAUUCGCCUGUUCGAGAUUGUUAGCUCCUCGCCAUUGUGUGGAGAUUUGGGGGCCCAGGUGACGACUGCAACAAGAUGCUUUGCAGCAAGAGGGUUUGAAGUUUCUGUCGCUACAUUCAAGGAUCAGGUUCUCUCGUUUUCUGCCUGCAGGCGUGGUCAUUGAGUUCCAAACUUUCCUGUGCAGGCCAUUUUGCUCAAAGUUGGUCGCUUUGCCUGCGGCUUGCCUUGUUUAUUUUUAUUUACUUUUUCUUUCACGGUAGUCACUACAGAAGGAUGUAUUUAGCUCUAGUAAGUGAGUUAGGCUACCGCAAAUAUAUUUCACUUUCAAGGUUGUAGACAGGAGUGACAGAUUGUCUCACGGGAGGACUAUUGUAAGAAUUCCUGGCUGUGUGAUUAAGUAUGUAAAAUCAUUGUACAUAAUUCAAUUGAUACUAUUCCGAAUAGCUGAAGCUGCAACUUCUUUCACAUUUUGCACGCUUUUAGCCUCAGACUGUAAA